UUGGGGGCUAUUGAUGGCACCCACAUACCAAUCAAAGCACCACAUAACAAUCAUGAACAAUACAUAAAUCGCAAAGGUUUCUUUUCCGUCCAACUACAAGUCAUUUGUGACCCGGAUUUAUUCAUAACCGAUGUUUUCUGUGGUUACCCUGGUUCAGUACACGAUGCUCGCGUGUUUCGUAAUUCUCCGAUCUGCCGAGAAGUUGAAGUGAACCCAGACAAUUAUUUUCCUGGCAACUCCCACAUUUUGGGAGACGCAGCCUCCUUGAAGAGGUGGCUGUUGACCCCAUUUCGAGACAACGGACGUUUGACUGCUCAACAAAGACGUUACAAUACUGCCCACAGUUCCACCAGAAUGGUGGUUGAGAGGUCCAUAGAGCUUUUUAAGAACAGGUUUAGGAAGCUAAAAACAAUGAUGGAUGUUGACAAAAUUGAGGACAUACCGGAAAUUAUUGUAUCCUCUUGCAUCUUACACAACAUUUGCAUUAUUGAAGAUGACAUCGAUGAUUUUUUAGAUGACUCUAAUGAUGAUGAUGACAAUGAUGACAAUGAUGAUGACAUCUUUCCACCAGGUGUAGGAGCAGUUGAUAAGAGAAACAUGAUAAUGAGACUGAUCCCAUAA